AUGGCAAAGAUGCGCACAACUGUUCGCUGGUGGAAUGCAAGUACACAAUCAGGUAACCAGAGUGCCGCCACAGCCGCUUUGAGGGCAAACGCUGCAGCGAUUCUUUCUCAGACGUACCAAUUAUUAACAUCAACAAUGAAUUACACCGCCUUCUCCUGCACCUGGCCGGGCGGUCAAUGGAUCACAGCAAAUAAUGUGGAAAGCAUCCAUAACAGCAUCCAUAACAGUGUGGGAGGGUAUGGUCACAUGCAAUUUCCAGAGGUUGCAGGCUUUGAUCCGGUUUUCUGGCUUCAUCAUGCCAAUGUCGACCGCCUAUUCGCCCUGUGGCAGGCGCUGCACCGUGACAGCUACAUCACCCCGACUGUUAACGCAUACGGUUCGUACUACGAGCCCGUGGGCACAGUUGACUCGGGAACCUCAGCCCUGGCACCAUUUCAUUCCGAUCAAGGCGGCACUCUCUUCACGUCAGAUGGGGUUCGCCAUUUGAGCACCUUUGGCUAUAGCUAUCCAGAUUUAGCAGAUUGGGAUAUGACUCCAGAUGAACUUGAGCAGAGUGUGCGAGCUCAUGUGAAUUCCCUCUACAAUCCCAACAGGAACACAAGCAUUGCCCCGUCAGUGAGACGCCUGCUGAAGAAAGCGACCAACGUGGCCCAGUCUUUCAGUCAUAUUACGCUUGACUUGGCUCAGAACCUAAGAGUGAACAAUCUCGACCGACAAUGGUCAAUUACAGUCUUGGUUGAUCGAUUUCCCACGGAGACGAGCUUUGUUAUCGACUUCUUCAUGGGUGAGGUCCCGGAAGAGGUUUCUUCGUGGGCAACGGCACCAAACUUGAUAGCAACAUAUGCACAAUUCGGACCAGCGAAUGUGACAGCACUGCACCCAGAUGGAUACCCUUCUGGACAGGUGCGAGGGGAGAUUUCAAUAACACACACAGUGGCCGCAGGUGUUUCAAGAGGACUCAUUGCCAGCCUAUCGCCCGAGCAUGUGAUCCCUGUCCUGCGCCGAGGAUUGAACUGGCGAGCGCGUACUCCAUCAGGUAUCGAGGUAUCUUUACAUGAGCUAUCUGGGUUGUCAAUAUCGGUAUCCAGCAGGUCCGUCGUGCCCAGCAAUACAAGGGAACGAUUUCCAGUAUAUGGCCCAGUGGAGUGGCAAGGGUCCGUGAUCAGAGGCAAGCCGUGUGGCGCAGCCAGACCCCACGGAUACGUAUGA